CCGCCCAGGCAGGGGCUCCCAUAAAGGCGCCUGUCGCUGCCCGCUAGUGGCCGCCAUUAGGGUGAGAGCUGGCAGCGACGAACGGUGGAGAACUGCUGCCCUGCACCGCGUCAUCGUGUGCAAGCUGAAGGGGACCGUCAAAUAAGGUUUUCUUUUUACUAAAAGCUGCAGCUUCGGAGAUCCUAUGGACCAGGUUAAGUGAGGACUUACCUUCUGGCCUCCAGUCUUCCUUUAAGAAUACCAAGGCUCCUAAGGGCUUUUCCACUUUCUGUUCUUCCUGCCUGGAAAAGUUGUUGCAUCUACUUAGUCUUUGCAGCUCAAUUCAAGAGUUCUUACGUGCCUACAAUCCAUUUUACAGUUUAUCUUUAGGGAACUUAGGCUUUUCCUGCUAAAACGUCAAUUUGUAUUUUAGAAAAGUAGAAAGAGUGUAAAGUGAAAGAUUGAAAUAAACCGAAGCUAAGGAAUACAUAAUGAAACAACUUUUAGUACUUGUACAGAACAAGGACAUAUAAUUGUAAAUUUUUGAAUAGCAGGAUUGGAAGUAAUUAAAAAUGUCCCUACCAAGUCGACAGACAGCUAUUGUUAACCCUCCACCACCAGAGUAUAUAAAUACUAAGAAAAAUGGGCGACUGACAAAUCAGCUACAGUAUCUACAAAAGUUUGUCCUGAAGGCUUUAUGGAAGCAUAGUUUCUCCUGGCCUUUUCAGCAACCUGUGGAUGCUGUUAAGCUAAAAUUGCCUGAUUAUUAUACCAUUAUAAAAAACCCAAUGGAUCUAAAUACAAUUAAGAAGCGUUUGGAACAUAAAUAUUACAUGAAGGCUUCAGAAUGUAUAGAAGACUUCAAUAUGAUGUUCUCAAAUUGUUAUUUAUACAACAAGCCUGGAGAUGACAUUGUUCUUAUGGCACAAGCACUAGAAAAGUUAUUUAGGCAGAAAUUAUCCCAAAUGCCACAAGAAGAACAAGUUGUGGGUGGUAAGGAAAGAAUAAAGAAAGGUACUCAACAGAAUGCAGCAGUUUCUUCUGCCAAAGAAAGACAAUGCCCUAGAGUACCAGAAAAAGUAUUUAAGCACCAAGUGCUUCCUUCUGUAUUUCCUGAAACAUCUAUCUCUCCUUUAAACAUGGCACAAGGAACUCCUCUCAACUCUACUUCACAAACAGUGACUCAAGCUACAAGGGGUGUGAAAAGGAAAGCAGAUACAACCACUCCUACAACUUCAGUAGUUAAAGCAAGUAAUGAAUCUUCCCCAAUAUUUACAGAGAAAAAAUCAGUGAAAAUGCCACCUAUAAAAGAAAAUGUGCUGAAGAAUGUUUUGCCAGAUUCUCAACAGCAAUAUAAUGUUGUAAAGAGUGUUGAAGUAACCGAACAAUUAAGGCACUGUAGUGAGAUUCUUAAAGAAUUGCUUGCAAAGAAGCACUUGUCAUAUGCAUGGCCCUUUUAUAAUCCAGUUGAUGUGAAUGCUUUGGGACUCCAUAACUACUAUGAUAUUGUAAAAAAUCCAAUGGAUCUUGGCACUAUCAAGGGAAAAAUGGACAACCAAGAAUAUAAAGAUGCAUAUGAAUUUGCUGCAGAUGUUAGAUUAAUGUUCAUGAAUUGCUACAAAUACAAUCCUCCAGAUCAUGAAGUAGUCACAAUGGCAAGAAUGCUACAGGAUGUUUUUGAAAUGCAUUUUGCAAAGAUCCCAGAUGAGCCUGUUGAAAGUAUGCCUGUAUGUUGCAUCAAAACAGAUAGCACCAAAACUUUAGAUAGAGAAAGCAGUAGUGAAGCUUCCUCUGAAGACAAUUCUUCUGGUGAUUCUGAAGAUGAACGCGUUCAGCGUCUUUCAAAACUUCAAGAGCAGCUUAAAGCUGUUCAUCAACAGCUGCAGGUUCUGUCCCAAGUACCUUUCCGUAAGCUAAAGAAAAAAAAUGAGAAGUCUAAAAGGGAAAAGAAAAAAGAAAAGGUUAAUAACAGAGAUGAAAAUCCAAGGAAAAAGUUUAAGCAAAUGAAGUUAAAGGAAAAGCCUAAGAGCAAGCAGCCAAAGAAGAGAAAACAACAGGUCAUUGCUUUGAAAUCUGAAGAUAAUGAAGAUAGUGCUAAACCUAUGAACUAUGAUGAGAAAAGGCAGUUAAGUUUGGAUAUAAACAAACUCCCUGGAGAUAAACUUGGGCGAGUUGUUCACAUAAUACAAUCACGAGAACCUUCUUUGAGAAAUUCUAAUCCUGACGAAAUAGAGAUAGACUUUGAAACCCUGAAAGCGUCAACACUAAGAGAACUUGAAAAAUAUGUGGCUGCAUGUCUAAGAAGAAGACCACUAAAACCUCAUGCAAAGAAAGUAGUGAAAUCCAAAGAAGAGCUGAAUUUGCUGAAAAAACAGGAGUUGGAAAAGCGGUUAAUGGAUGUCAAUAAUCAGUUAAAUUCUAGAAAACGUCAAACAAAAUGUGAGAAAACUCAACCACCCAAGCCCACGGCCAUGGGAAGUGGUUCCCGACUGAGUGAGACUAGCAGCAGCAGCAGCAGCAGCAGCUCAGACUCUGAAAGUAGUAGCAGCGAUUCAAGUUCUUCUGACAGCAGUGAUUCCGAAUCAGACGUGUUUCCUAAAUUUACUGGCGUAAAACAGAAUGAUUGUCCUUCUAAAGAGAAUGUAAAGCAGAUACAACCUUCUGUGCAAGAGACAAGCUCUGUGAAAACUACCCUUAUGUGUCAGACUACACACUUAUGUGGAGAACCACCAAAUCACCUCCAGUUAGCAUUUAAUCAAGAAUCUGAACAUUUACAGAAUGUGAAAAACAUACCACCUUUACAAAUUCUGCCCACCUCAGGUGAUUCUGGACAACAUUUGAAUAACCAAACUGUGACACAAUCAUCUGGUAACAAUGAUACAAUGGUGUUAGAAUCUGAAUGUCAAGCUCCUGUGCAGAAGGAUAUAAAGAUCAAGAAUGCAGAAUCCUGGAAAAGCUUAGGCAGGCCAGUGAAAACACCAGGUGUACUGAAAUCCUCAGAUGAGCUCUUCAACCAGUUUAGAAAGGCAGCAAUAGAGAAGGAAGUAAAAGCUAGAACGCAAGAACUAAGACGUAAACAACUGGAACAGAAUACAAAGGAACCAAAAGUAUUUCAAGAAAAUCAGAGGGACCGUGGCUUCACUUUAGAAUCAUUUUCUAAUAAAAUGCAAAAUAAGUGCCUUGGAGAAGUGCAAAAAGAGCAGCAGCAGUCAUUGGAAGCUCAGGAUAAAUGCAAACUCUGGCUUCUCAAAGACCGUAAUUUAGCAAGGGAAAAAGAGCAAGAGCGGAGGAGGAGAGAAGCAAUGGCUGGUACCAUUGAUAUGACUCUUCAAAGUGACAUUAUGACAAUGUUUGAAAACAACUUUGAUUAAAAUUCAGUUUUUUAAUUAGCCAUCAGAUUAAAGUAAAUGAUAAAAGAUUAAAAUGCAUAUGGUAAAAUGAUUGCUUUCAUACACCAAGAUAUCUUACAUUGUAUUUUGACUGCUCUAAAAUUAUUAAACAAUUUUCACUUGCAUUUUUUAAUAGCUAUAUGUUCUUUUUUUUUUUUUUAGGACAUAAUUUACAGGAAAUUUUACAAUUUUGGAUCCCUAGAAAUUGAAAAAAUUCCCAGAUAAUGUCAUUCAUUCUACAAAUAACUGACUGCUGUAUACUACAAACCCUUGUCUAAGCAAUGUAAAGCCCCAAAAAGUAGUUCUUGUUUAAAAAUGAAUAUAUAGAAGUGUGUCAUACAUAGUUCCUGUUGCGUUUUAACUUUUAAAGCAAAUAUUUGUCUGCCUCCAAAAUAUUUAGUACCUCUAACAAGCAACACUUGAUUUGAGUGUCAGUUUACAUAAGAUUUUCUGCUAGUUCUAUGUUGAAAUUUAAAGAAGAUAUUAUGUAUGGUUUGGAAGAUGUUAAAUUUGAGGCAAAAUAAUAAAUGUUAAUUAUGUAUGUAAGUUUCUGUCGGAACUUAUGAUAAUUUUAAGUAUUCAUAUAUGAUAGCAAUUAAUGUUUAAAUUUUUACUUAAGUACUUUUUUUAUUUAAAUCUGUAAAAUAUUUUUGUUUAGUACUUCUCAAGUUGCAAUUAUGUAUAAUGUGUCAGCUUCUUGUAUUUAAAAAUUUUCAGCUCUGAAAGUGUAAUACAAUUGACACUACUAUGAAAGCAUCUAAAGUAAAA